CUCCCCGGGGACACCAUGGCGGAAGCGGAGGAGCAGGAAACUGAGUCUCUUGAGGAAUCUACAGAUGAGUCUGAGGAAGAAGAAAGUGAAGAGGAGCCCAAACUGAAGUAUGAAAGGCUUUCCAAUGGGGUAACAGAAAUCCUUCAGAAGGAUGCAGCUAGCUGCAUGACAGUCCAUGACAAGUUUUUGGCACUGGGCACCCAUUACGGCAAGGUUUAUUUACUUGAUAUCCAGGGGAACAUCACUCAGAAGUUUGAUGUAAGCCCCGUGAAGAUAAAUCAGAUUAGUCUGGAUGAGAGUGGAGAGCACAUGGGCGUGUGUUCGGAGGAUGGCAAGGUGCAGGUGUUUGGACUGUAUUCUGGAGAAGAAUUUCAUGAGACUUUUGACUGUCCCAUUAAAAUCAUUGCCGUGCACCCGCAUUUCGUGAGAUCCAGCUGCAAGCAGUUUGUGACUGGAGGGAAGAAGUUGCUGCUCUUUGAACGAUCUUGGAUGAGCAGAUGGAAGUCUUCUGUUCUGCACGAAGGAGAAGGGAACAUAAGGAGCGUGAAGUGGAGAGGCCACCUGAUUGCUUGGGCCAAUAAUAUGGGUGUGAAGAUUUUUGACAUCACCUCCAAGCAGAGAAUCACCAAUGUGCCCCGGGAUGACAUAAGUCUGCGCCCAGAUAUGUAUCCGUGCAGCCUCUGCUGGAAGGACAGCGUGACGCUGAUUAUUGGCUGGGGGACUUCCGUCAAGAUCUGCUCAGUGAAGGAGCGGCAUGCCAGUGAAAUGAGGGACUUGCCGAGUCGCUAUGUUGAAAUAGUGUCUCAGUUUGAAACUGAAUUCUACAUCAGUGGACUUGCACCUCUCUGUGAUCAACUUGUUGUUCUUUCCUAUGUGAAGGAGGUGUCUGAAAAAACGGAAAGAGAAUACUGUGCCAGGCCGAGACUGGAUAUCAUCCAGCCGCUCUCUGAAACCUGUGAAGAGAUCUCUUCUGAUGCUCUGACCGUGAGAGGCUUUCAGGAGAACGAGUGUAGAGAUUAUCAUUUAGAGUACUCUGAAGGGGAAUCGCUCUUUUACAUCGUGAGUCCAAGAGAUGUUGUAGUGGCCAAGGAACGAGACCAAGAUGACCACAUCGACUGGCUCCUUGAAAAGAAGAAAUAUGAGGAAGCUUUGAUGGCAGCUGAAAUCAGCCAAAAGAACAUUAAAAGACAUAAGAUUCUAGAUAUUGGCUUGGCGUACAUAAACCACCUGGUGGAGAAAGGAGAGUAUGACAUAGCAGCACGCAAAUGCCAGAAAAUUCUUGGGAAAAAUGCAGCACUCUGGGAAUAUGAAGUUUAUAAAUUUAAAGAAAUUGGACAGCUUAAGGCUAUUAGUCCAUACUUGCCAAGAGGAGAUCCAGUUCUGAAACCACUCAUCUAUGAAAUGAUCUUACAUGAAUUUUUGGAAAGUGAUUAUGAGGGUUUUGCCAUUCUGAUCCGAGAAUGGCCUGGAGAUCUGUACAACAACUCAGUAAUCGUCCAAGCGGUUCGGGAUCACCUGAAGAAAGAUAGUCAGAAUAGGACCUUACUCAAAACCCUGGCAGAACUGUACACCUAUGACAAAAACUAUGGCAAUGCUCUGGAAAUAUACCUAACAUUAAGACACAAGGAUGUUUUCCAGUUGAUCCACAAGCAUAAUCUUUUCAGUUCUAUCAAGGAUAAAAUUGUUUUAUUAAUGGACUUUGAUUCUGAGAAAGCUGUCGACAUGCUUUUGGACAACGAAGACAAAAUUUCAAUUAAAAAGGUAGUGGAAGAACUGGAAGACAGACCAGAGUUGCAGCACGUGUAUCUGCAUAAGCUUUUCAAGAGAGACCAUCAUAAGGGACAGCGCUACCAUGAAAAACAGAUCAGCCUUUAUGCUGAAUAUGAUCGUCCGAACUUACUUCCCUUUCUCCGAGAUAGUACCCAUUGCCCACUGGAAAAGGCUCUUGAGAUCUGUCAACAGAGAAACUUUGUAGAAGAGACAGUGUAUCUUCUGAGCCGAAUGGGUAACAGCCGCAGUGCCCUGAAGAUGAUCAUGGAGGAAUUACAUGAUGUUGAUAAAGCCAUUGAAUUUGCCAAGGAGCAAGACGACGGAGAACUCUGGGAAGAUCUGAUUUUAUAUUCCAUCGACAAACCGCCAUUUAUUACUGGCUUGUUGAACAACAUCGGCACGCAUGUGGACCCAAUUCUGUUGAUUCACCGUAUUAAGGAAGGGAUGGAGAUCCCCAAUUUGAGAGAUUCCUUGGUUAAAAUUCUGCAAGACUACAAUUUGCAAAUUCUGCUUCGUGAAGGUUGCAAGAAGAUUCUUGUAGCAGACUCUUUGUCCUUACUGAAGAAAAUGCACCGAACUCAGAUGAAAGGCGUUCUGGUCGAUGAGGAGAACAUCUGUGAAUCGUGCCUUUCCCCUAUUCUUCCAUCAGACGCCGCAAAGCCCUUCAGCGUGGUGGCCUUCCACUGCCGCCACAUGUUCCACAAGGAGUGCCUGCCCGUGCCCAGCAUGAACUCUCCUGCACAGUUCUGCGGCAUCUGCAGCGCCAAACACCGAGGGCCAGGAAGCGCCAUUUUGGAGAUGAAAAAGUAGCCUGGCUCCGUCAUCCUCUUCCUCACCACUCUUCUGAAGACUGUUUUUGCAAAAACAGCAGCAUUUGUGGACCCCAGUUCUGUUACAAGACUUGUACGUGUUUAUGUUCUGCUCAAAGAAACAUUUCUUCAUCUUUGCCUGUCCCCUAGAGUUUGCUCUGUGCAUCUGAUGGUG